UGCUCCCACUGUGGAAAGAGUUGUAACCGGUUAUGGGACCUGAAACAACAUGAGAAAAUGCACACAGGGGAGAAGCCUUACCACUGCUCCCAGUGUGGAAAGAGUUUUCACCAGAAAGCACACCUGAAAGCCCAUGAGAGAAUACACACAGGAGAGAAGCCUUACCACUGCUCCCAAUGUGGAAAGUGUUUCAACCAGUCGGGGGAGCUGAAACAACAUGAGAGAAUACACACAGGAGAGAAGCCUUACCACUGCUCCCAAUGUGGAAAGUGUUUCAACCAGAGAGUAAACCUGAAACAACAUGAGAGAAUACACACAGGAGAGAAGCCUUACCACUGCUCCCAGUGUGGAAAGAGUUUCAAUCGGAAAGCAAACCUGAAAGCUCAUGAGAGAAUACACACAGGAGAGAAGCCUUACCACUGCUCCCAAUGUGGAAAGUGUUUCAACCAGUCGGGGGAGCUGAAACUACAUGAGAGAAUACACACAGGAGAGAAGCCUUACCACUGCUCCCAUUGUGGAAAGUGUUUCGUCCAUUUGGAGGUGCUGAAACAGCAUGAGAGAAUACACACAGGGGAGAAGCCUUACCACUGCUACCAGUGUGGAAAGGGUUUCAACCAGAGAGGAAACCUGAAACUGCAUGAGAGAAUACACACAGGAGAGAAGCCUUACCACUGCUCCCAAUGUGUAAAGCGUUUCGUCCGUUCGGUGGAGCUGAAACAACACGAGAGAAUACACACAGGAGAGAAGCCUUACCACUGCUCCCAGUGUGGAAAGAGUUUCAGCCGGAAAGCAUUCCUGAACCAACACGAGAGAAUACACACAGGGGAGAAGCCUUACCACUGCUCCCAGUGUGGAAAGCGUUUCAACCAUUCAGGAAAGCUGAAACGGCAUGAGAGAAUACACACAGGAGAGAAGCCUUACCACUGCUCCCAGUGUGGAAAGUGUUUCAACAAUUCAGGGACGCUGAAACGACAUGAGAGAAUACACACAGGGCAGAAGCCUUACCACUCCCAUCCUGAUGCUGACGAGACAGAGAAGAGUCUCUCCAGAUCAGAACACCAGAUGGACAAUGCUAGCCCUUCCGCCCUCCCGGAGUCCCUCUAUCGUGCCUCUCCCGGUAGCACCUUACUACUGGGUAUGAAGAGGUUGUCUGUGCUGCUGGUGGACUGCAGGAAAACAACAGGGCUGAGUGGAACUGUGAGAGGAGGAGAAGAGAAGAAAGGAUCAGAUUUGACUCAUCAAAGAGGAAAACCAAACUUGGAGGAACCAAAGACCUCCACAACAUCAAGACAACACCUCUGCUCCCAGAUCAAGUUAGGAAGCCUGAAAAGACCUGAGAGGACACACACAGGAGAGAAGCCAUACCAUUGCGGCCAGUGUGGAAAGAGUUUUAGCCUGUUAGGAAGCCUGAAAGCUCAUGAGCGAAUACACUCAGGAGAGAAGCUAUACCAUUGUGGCCAGUGUGGAAAUAGUUUUAGCCAGUUAGGAAACAUGAAAAGACAUGGGAGGAUACACACAGGGGAGAAGCCAUACCACUGCUCCCAUUGCGGAAAGAGUUUUAACCAUUUACUUAACAUGAAAAGACAUGAGAGGAUACACACAGGAGUGAAGCCUCACCAUUGCUCCCAGUGUGGAAAGAGUUUUACGCAGUUAGGUAUCCUCAAAGAUCAUUUGCGAAUACACACAGGGGAGAAGCCUUACUACUGCUCCCAUUGUGGAAAGAGUUUUAACCAUUUACUUAACAUGAAAAGACAUGAGAGGAUACACACAGGAGUGAAGCCUCACCAUUGCUCCCAGUGUGGAAAGAGUUUUAUGCGGUUUGGUAUCCUCAAAGAUCAUUUGCGAAUACACACAGGGGAGAAGCCUUUCCUUUGCGCUCAGUGUGGAAAGAGUUUUAGCCAGUCAGGAAACCUGAAAGUGCAUGAGCGAAUUCACACAGGGAAGAAAUCUUACCACUGAUCCCAGCGUGCAAUGCGUUUUUACCCAAUUAGGACACCUGAAAGAAGACAUGAGACCGCACAUGGGGGAGAAGCCUUACAAAUGUUCAGACUGGGGGGAAGGCAUUUUACUCAUCAGUAGCGUAAAAAAAAUGUGAGAAUCCACACAGGAGAGAAUGUUUACUUGUUUAUAUAUAAAUAUUUCUGGAUUUUUGACUUCUCAUUUUGUCUGUCAUAGUUGUAGUGUACCUAUGAUGAAAAUUACAGGCCUCUCUCAUCUUUUUAAGUGAAUUUGCACAAUUGGUGGCUGACUAAAUACUUUUUUUGCCCCACUAAGUGUAUGUAAACUUCCAACUUCAACUGUAUGUUAUUUUAAAUGCUAAUCCUUUGCACACGAAUGCUCACUCAUUCAGGAAUAAUUGCAGUCAAUAUAUAUUUACGCCGUUGUGAUCUGUUGGAAUCCAGUCCGUCUGCUGGAGAGUUCAUCUGAGUCUCUCUCCUUCUGUUUCCCUGAAGUUCAAAGUCUUUCUUGGUUAGAAUGGAUACCUCAGAUUACCAUUCAGAAAUGUUCUCAUAGAAUAGAUGUUUCGGCGGUUGUCGUCAUUCGCAUCCCAGGUUUACAUCAUUUCUAGCUGCCCCCACAGACCUACCAAUGCUCUUACUCUGUUGGAAUUGAUAGUCUCAGAGUUGAACCAUUUCCAGCCGUGUAGCCAAUGCUCCACGUGGGAUGGUUUUCUAGUCUUGGAACUCAAAUGUGCCACCUCAGCUUACACCAAGGUAUGCGUUGUCUAAACCAUUCGCAAUCACAGCUCACGCUGUGAUUGGUUUGCUCAGUCUGAAGAGGAUUUUUUUUAGGAGGGGCUUUUAUUCGUAACAAUAGGAUAGGCGGUUCCAUGACACCAGAUCAUGUCUGUGCCCUCGGGGACGGACCAAUGACUUAGUUAAACUUUUAAAGGAAUACAAAUCUCUCACAUUAAAGGUUUAACAUCACAUUUCAUAUAUAGUUGCAUCUUUACUCAUUCAUUUCAUACAAUAAUUAGAUGCAAACCCCAUAAUUGAGAAAUGUACACAUUCAGAGACAUAGUUAUGUGUGUUUCCUGUCCUCUCUGAGGUCACCAAAUGAAACACACUCAACAUAACUGUCCCUUAAGUGUCCACAGACCCUUCCCACACUCUCAAAGGUGGACAUAUAGUUUAAUUUGGCCAUUUUGGGGAUUUAGGAGUGCGGCCAUGUGAAUUCCUUUGUUCACUCUGUGGUCUCUCUCUGUAUGAAAAGGGGGAUAGAGUCUCUGCCAGGAAUUUACGACCUGAGAUAACAGAACCUGGGCCACAAUCUAUACCCAGAAAAGGCCACAUCAUGACAAUAUGUUUAGGUAUUCACGACCUGAGAUAACAGAACCUGUACCUACAAAGGGCCACGUCAUGACAAUAUUUAUAUAUAACAAUAUAUAUAAAUAUUUGAAUAUAGAGUAGAUCAGAUUCCAUGUGUUUAAAAGGUCCUUUUUUAAACUCUGACUGUGUGUUUAUCUGGGUGUGUCAUUCCUCCAGCACUACAGAUAAUCAAGUGAUAUUUGGAUGUGAUGCAUUUGUUCCAUUGUUGACAUUUGCAUUGUAGCCCACUGAUGAUUUAAUGAAAUGAAAAUGUUCAGACUCUGUAAUGGAAAAUGUUAAUUGUUUGUGUGUCCACAUAACUGAGUAUGUGACUAACCUUGUGAAACUGUCCAAUUAUAAUCUCCUGUUCUUGGGAGGAUCAUUCUGUGUUGCAAACCAGCUGCACCUGUGUCCUUGUAUGAAUAAAGUCCCUCCCAGGAACAGGAAACUAUAAAGAUAUGUGCUCAUCACCCAAUGCUUCAGGAAUUCAGACUGUCUACACUGCGCUGUGUAACUCUGUUAUUCUCUCUGAGCUCAGAAAUAAAGAAUCUUGGUUUGA